AUGGCUAUUCCGCCAGGAUCAUUGGAGGCUGGCUCCUUUCACGAUGUAUCUCUUGCUCUGAUUACUGAGGAUCCACCAACAAUCAAAGAGGAUGAGUUUCUUACAGGUCAUGGCGUAGAAAUCGAUAUCCCGAGACUGUUGCUCUACUCAGGAAAUCAGCCAAUAACAAUAACUCUCCCCCAUGCCGCAUCACCCAUAAAAUCUAAUAAUGAGUUUGCUGACAUCAUUUGGAAACAUACUGAAUCGACAUCAUCCCAUCGCGUGAAGACAUCUAAUAAUGAAAAUACACAAUGUGUCAUCAAAGAAAAAGAAAUGGAUAUCAUCAUUUCUGCCGACUCUGUGAUCAAUGGAAGGAUACAGCUAUGGGUACCAUUCGAUAUUCACCGUCACGCCACGGGGAAACUGAUGGCUUGCACCCCUUUCCUUCCCGUUGAUAUGGUACAGGGCAAUGAUGUAACACUACGGAUGUACAUACACGAGGACAUACCUUACAUUGCUGAGAAAAUACAGGAAGAAGAGGAACAACUGUUAAACCGUCAGGUACAUCCUAAAAGAUGUUUUGUACUUGCACCUGAAUCAAGCGACCUACAGAUAGAAUGCAAUGGGAGAAAUGUGAGCAUCUCUGCUAAAGAGCUAUUCAACCAACGGGAGACUCUUGUUUCGAUGCCCAUUACGACUGAACCCAAUACCAGAACGCAAAUGAUUAACAUCUCAAUGUCAACCAAAGAUAAAGAUCCAACGACGGGCAUGGCGUUUAUGGCGAUACGAACAGAUUUCUCUACUGACAUGCAAUCAACACUUGAUGAGAUAAUCACCGCUUCAGACACUGAGAGCAGAGAAAAGGACACCGGGAUUGAGGAUGUCAUCACGAAGGAUAUGAACACAGAUAAGUACUAUCAUCUAGGAAUAGCACUUGGUCUGUCCUACGAAACACUUGACAGCAUCCAAGCAAGUAUCAGAGGACAAAAAGUAGAAGCUGGGGUUUAUACUUCAAACCAACGAGCUGCUAUUAUCAUGAUCCGCUACUGGAAACACUUACAGCAUCCUGACUCCCAAGCAGAUGAUCAUCUGAGAGAGGUGUGGUCAUCUGUGACCAAUUCAAGAAAGCCCGACGUUCCUGUUAAGCGAGCUAGCAGCCUAGACGAAACAGUUGGAUCUACUGCGGAAGAGAACUUUGUAGACAAGUCAUGCGACGCAAGACCUGUUCGGACAGCAAGUUUCUAUGACAUUGGGACAAAGAUCCCUUCUCUCCCGAGCAUCCUUGAAACAAGAGGUCCUUGGGAGGAAAGAUUUCAAUUUCAACGAAGUAGAACUCCAAGUAUCCGAAGUGACUCAUCAAGCAGUAUCAGCACGUUGCGAGAGGACCAGGAAGAGGGCUUUGCACGAACUCCUAAUGCUUAUUCCAGUAUAAGCAGAAUGACAUCAUACCCGAGUCUCACAGGUCUACGUGACAGAUGGCCAAGAGUUCCAAGUGUUCGGAGAUACCAUGAACGUGAUAAAGGUGAAGGUAGAUAUAUUUCUAUAUUCCAUUUCAAGGGAGACGAACCUGACUCAGAUUAUGGUGCAAAACAAUGGAGUUCUUACAAGUUUUGA